CUCGUAUCGGCCGGCAAAGCGCUUCUCGGCGGCGCGCAGGCACGAGUCACGAGUAUACGAAGCGAGACGCUCUGAUUGCAGCCUGCACGUCGCCCGCCUCUAGCUGGACCAGCGCUCGCUCCCCCCCGCACUCUUGACUCCGACUCCAGACAAGUCACGCUUGUAGAGGACCUCACGGAGCACAGCGUUCGACGAUUUGUCUCUCCAACAAGUUUCUCACAAUGGCGGGCAAAAAGCGUAAAGCAUCGGGCACCGAGGGUCGCAAAGAAGAUGCCAAGCGACAAGCCACAGAGUCCGCCUCUGGGAGCACUCCAGCAACUGCUGGUCAGGUAAGCAAGAAUGCUGCUGUUGGUGCGACGAUGGUGGAAGCUAGUCAGGGAAGAGCCAACGUCAAUUACGUUGCGAGGUUCUUUGACUACAAGGAGAGGCUGCACAAAGCCAAUUCUGUGAGUAGUGAAGGUCGUCAGCCAAGGACGUCGCUCCCAAGCCCGCUAGCUAGCUCGAACGAGCUGGCCUCGGCCUGCUUCCCUCCCGUGACAUCCACUUCGCGCUCACUGCCUGAUGCUAUGGCACAGAAACGUGAUGGCUAUCACGACGCUCUACGGCGGUCCAUGACGAAGCACUGCGACUUGCAAGAAGAGAUAGAGUAAGCAAGCCUUCUCAAGUUGUCCAAGCAACCGACAAGUCCUUCCACCCGCUCACCCCUCCCCUCUCAUCUGUCCUAGCUACAUCCUCGACGCAAUCGCCACAGCGCGUCAAAA